GAAUGCAGUCAACGUAAUAACGAAGUUGUAACAAAUAUUUGUUAAAUGUAUGUUAUUUAAAAAGAAGUAUUUAACUCGGAAAUGUAGGAUUCAAGGGUAGUUCAACGUUUUGUUGAAGACUGAUCACUGUUAGUAUCAAAUACACAUGAACAGAUAUACAUAGCUUAACAUCGGUAACUCCUACUGAAAUAUCAGGUUUUGGAUCAUCAAAUUUUCGAACAUUGAAAGUGUUAUAUGACUAUUUAAUAUUAAUACUUUUCAUUGAUAUCUUCACCUUACAUAAGUCUAAUACGUUCUCUGCAAGAAAAAAGAUGUACAGUUGUGCUUUAAAUUAACGGUAUAUUAUUAUUGUAGAAAACAGACAUAGUGCUGCUGUCACCAAAAGUAACCUGAAAUGUGUCUGGCAUAUUAAACUGUGAAACUGAAUCUUAUAACGACUCAAUACGUCUUUUCCUUCGUAAAUUAAAUUUAUUUUAAAGUAAUAUAAUGGUUGCUUUGGUGUGCUGCUUUCCUUGGUGUCUUGAAGUAGACCAGUACUUAUAGUAGAUUGUAUGUCUAGUGUAGAGCUAGUUUGCCAAUAUGAUGUGAUCUUUUAAUAAGUUUUUUUAAGCAUCAAAAUUAGGUAAGCCUUUACCAAGACUCUAAUGAGAUUAGUUUGGAAAUUACGUUUUCUUUAUCAACUAUAUUAGGUAGAUGCAUAAAUCCCGUCCAUUUCGAUUUAAGUGUCUUACAAAGUGCCCCUUACUCAUAAUCUUAUGGAUUAUAUUCCCUACAAUGAAUUUAUUAAAAGAAUUCUCGUUUAAGGAGCAUUGAAUGAAUCCAUAACUGGUUAAGUGUAGAUGUAAUUCUUAAGUAGGUUGGAAUGGACAGACUACAGACUUCGAUCAUAGCUGUGGAUUUGCCUACUGUCGUACGCUUAGAGAAAUCCUUCUUGAAAUUUGUAUUAUUCAAUAUUUAAAACUUUAGUUUAGCUAGAAACAUAUGUCCAAGUGAUUCUUGUUCGAGUAAGCACUAUUAUAGUUGAAAAAGAUUUGUUUUUGUGUACGUUUGCCUGAAAAGAACACCGUACUCAAGAGUGUAUACCACAUCGCUAGCAGUUCAGUUGGGAGAUCGAGCUUACUGCUUCGGAUUGUGUAAGAACAUCGUACAUUAUGGAUUUUUAACAUGCUACGACAUUUGGAAACGAGGUACAUAAUGUGUGUUUGUUCCUUUGUAUAACUAAAGCAGUUUCGAACAGGUUAGAAACCCUAAUUCUCAAGAGUUGUGGUGUCAUAACGCGACCUACCGUCUGGGCAAGAGCAGGCAACAGUACAGUUACAAAUAAUACACAAGAAAGGUAUGUUGAAUAAAGCUCUUUAAGCACAUGUUUAACAUGUCCAGAGUAUGUGAUAAAUAAUGUUAUUCAUAUAAAUAAAUGGAUGAAUUGAGUAAUUCCGAAACGUUUCAUGCGUCGUCCAAGAUGGAUACUUUUAGACCUUGUUGGGAUGACGCCAGUGACGAACGACUAUUUACAAGAUCCUUUUAUAGGAUCUUAUCUAACUGAUUUUAUAUUUUUGUAAAUUCAGAGAUUUGCCGGACAAUUGAAUAAGAUUCAAAACAAAUGAAUCAGUAACAUUCUUACUGACUUAAAACACUUCAGGACAACUUUCAUUUCGAAUGGAUCACUUACAUGUCGACUAUAGUGAACGGACUCAAUAGAUACCAUUAUGUUAAAUACAUAAUUAGAUUUUUAUUCUAUAAGAUUAAACUUAAAAAAAGUGCAAAAAUCUUCUAUUUUCUGUAACACUAAUAAAUAUUCUAAUUCGAUAUUUCCUAUAUAUCGUAUUACAUAUUUCAUAUAAUAAACUAACCUCAAAUUAAAGUGCGUUUCAUUGGUCUCCCGCGUUUUCGCUUAAAAUGUUAAGUAAUGAAUCUUAUGAUGAAACAAAUCCAGAUUAUGAUGAAAAUAAAAUUGAUGAACAAUUAGAACAGAAAAUAUGCAUUACAAAUUUAUGUAUACCUAAGGUCGAACCUUGUUAUCUUAAUGUAUCUAGAUCAAGUGAAGAUACAUUGAGUGCUAGCGAAUUAAUGACAUCAUCAAUCCCUUAUAGCGUACCAUAUAAAAUUAAGGAUCCUAUUGUGUUACUUGAAAGGUGUGAUAAAAUAUGGGAAACAUUGCAGCUGAUUAAAAAUGCUCAAGAUAAUUCAUCCAGUGAAUUAUCACCAAAACAGACAAAUUCAAAAUCAUAUAUUAAAUACCACCCAGUGUUGUCUAAUGACAAUGCUGCAUUACCAAAUUUUGUAUUUUCAGUAAAAACUACUAAGAAAUUAUUUCAGUGUUCAACUUGUGGAAAACUUUAUACAAAACAUUUAACCUUGAGACAGCAUGCAGAGAAAGUACAUAGGAUUUUUAUGAAUCCACUGCGAAAUAAGCAUUGUGAUAUAAAUCUAAGAAGUAUUGAUAAAGAGGGGGACAGAGAAAGAAGGAAAAGAAAAGAAUGUGAAAGACAAACAGAGAGAGAGUCUAAUGUGAUUGAGAAAGAAAAAAAGGAUAAUGAACAAGUUCAUUCAAAGAGAAAUGAAAAUAUAUUUACAGAUUCUUUAUCACGAUCUACAAUAGUAUCUUCAACAGAGCAGGAUAUAUUUAAUCAUAAGAGAUUAAAAACACGAACAAGUGUUUUAGUUCAUCCUAAUAACAAUGUAAAUGAGACUGAAAUUUCACAUAAGAAAGAAGAGAAAAGAAUAUCAGGUGCAAAUUUACAGCAGAAUGAGAAACAAACUUCUUUGCAUCAUGAUUCAGCAUUGGUGACAUGUUUAUUGUGUAAGCAAGGAGUAAAGAAUAUUGGAAAACAUUUGAUUGAUUAUCAUAAAAUUGAAUAUUCUGAUUUCAUGAGAGAAUUGGAAAAAUCAUCUUCUAGGUCAGAAUUUGAAGAACUAAAUAGCUCGACUGUGAGCAAUAAAUCUUUGAAGGAACGCGGAACUGUCCCAAAGUAUUCUCCUGUUCAAGAAAAAGAGAAACGAAAAUCAAGUAUAUCACCUGUAGAUUCGACAAAGAAACGUAAAAUCGAUAAUAAUGGUACAUUAAAGGUACCAAGCGUAUGGCAAAAUAAUAAGAGACAAUGUGAUAUUUGUCUUGGAGUUUACUCUAGAAACAGUUUCUAUAAGCAUGUAAAUCGUCAUCGUCUUCGUGGAGAAACGAAAGAAAAUAUGCAGUUGCUUAACAGCAGAUGUUCAAAAUCUACAUCUGGAUUAAAACAGAAGGAAAGUUUAAAUUUAAACAAGGAUAAAUACAGUUCAAUUUCAUCUAAAAAAAAAGAAGUGAAAGGACAAGCACUUCAAAACUUGAAUAAAGAGAAACAAGGAUGUAAUACAACCAGUAAUGACAACUAUGAAACUCGAUGUUCUUGUGGAAAACUGUUCAAUACUCCUCAAGGAUUAGCUAUGCAUAAAAGGAGUUGUACUUUGAAAAUGAAUAAAAUACCUACUAUGGAAAAUAACUUAGAUGAAUCAAUUCUACAUGAUAAACAACAAGGUAAUAAAGAUUCCAGUCCUGGGAUUAAUAUAACGAUAAAGAAAAAGAAUAAUUCUUAUGAAAUUGUUGGUAAAGACAGUGAAAACGAAAGCAAUUUACAGGGUUCCAGCCAAUCAAAAAACACUGAAAAAUCAGAUAUUUCUCGGGAUAAUGAACAAAUAAAAUCACCUGUUCAAUCACCUGAUCUAGCAUCAUCUAAAUAUAGUAAAUAUCAUAGUAUUGUAAAAAUACAGGUCGUUGAAGAAGACGUCGACAUUGAUAUUGAAAAUGAACUGCAGACUAAGUCGUGUAAUAAUAACAUUACUGAAAUGAAUGAAUUGGUAAAUGAACUUCAUAAAGAAGAAGAAAAUACAGAAAAAGUAAGCACACUACAAAGUAAAGAAGUUAAUUCAAAUUGGACUCGGGAGAGAAUUCUGGAAAUGAAACAAAUUAAUGCUAAUAAAUUUAAUAUGUCUAAGAAAUAUAUUUGUGUAUGUGGAAAUAAAUUUUACAACAAAAAAGCUUUGGAUGUUCAUAUUGAUAAACAUCAAACAAAUUCAGAAUUAAGGUGUGCUUAUUGUAAAAAGAAUUUUGUUGAUAUCAAUAUAUGGAACAAACAUGAAUGUUCUGUUACAUGCUGCAAGAAAUUUAUUGAUUUGCCAACAGAAAUACAUUGUUAUUAUUGUAGCACUAUUGCUACAACACAAAAACAGUUUGAUGACCAUAUAAGGCUCAAACAUUUUGAUACUGUAAUGCCAUAUCAAUGUUUUGGAUGUUCUCAACGUUUUCCUACUGCCGCAUUACGAAAAUUACACUUUAAUGCAGAACAUGCAAUAAUUAUUUGUUCUAUUUGUCAAAGAAAGAUUCCAAAUUGGAGUAAUGCAAAGUCUAAGCAUGAAGGAUAUCACUAUGGACUUGGAUUUCCUUGUCAUGUAUGCAAGAAAACUUAUUCCAGUCAAAAUAGUUUAUCGAGGCACAAGAUUAAUGUACAUUGUAAGAUAGUAAAUGAGAUAAUGAAUUCCAGUGAACCAUUUUUUAUAAAUUCUAAAAUUCAGUCCUUAGAUGCAAAGAAACAAUUGGGUAAAAAAUCAUUAACGCACUUUAGCAAAGAUAUUGAGUUAGAGAGUUAGAAUACAUUUAUAAAGAGUAACAAUUGCAUUAGAAUCAGUUGAAACAGGAUUUAUAUUUUAUUUUUAUGUUUUCUUAUUAAAAAUAAAAAAUCAUAUUUUUUUACAUAAUUAUAAACAUUUUUAAUUAGUGUGUUAUCAGUUAUGUUGUACUAGACACGAAGGUUAUACUUUUAAAUAAUAAAUAUGUAUAUAAAAGUAUAGGUAUAAACAUUACAAAGUGCAAGGUGAAAAAAAGGUGUAAAAUAUUCACAACAUUACGAUUAUAUUUAAUUUUUUUUUUUAGAAUACAUCAUUUAAAAUGUGCUGUUAGUUGUAAACAAAAUUUUGUUUUAAAUAUAAAAUGUUUAUUGUAAAAAAGUAUAAGUAAUGAUAUCAUAUUUAUAGUUAUAAUAUUUUCAUUAAAAAUUUCGAUAUUUGUAUCUGAUAAAAAUUAAUGUUUUCGUUUAUUUUAAGUAUCAAUUUAAAAAAAAAAAAUUUAAUGAAACCAAAGUAUAAUCCAUACUUCGAAUGUACUGUUAAUGUACUUAACGUUAUGUUGCAGUUAUUAUUACAAAUGUAUUUUUGUUAUGACAACUUAUGUAUGUAGAUUUAAUUUAUGCAUCUAGCUUGUUUAAUAUUUUAAUUAUAUAAGUAGAUUUUGUUAAUUGGAUAAUUACCGUGGUUUCUUAAAUUUUAAAAUAAAUACCCUGAAUACAUUAAUGGGAAAGGAUAAGAUCAAAAGAAUUCAUACAGCAUUCGGGAUGAUAUUAUCAUAACAUUGUAAUUUAUAUUUUAAUAAAUAUUUGGUCUAAUUAUUGUGUAAUAUCAUGAUACAAAAUCGUACUGUAAGAAACAUGUAAUAAACCGGAUAAACAUAAAAGUACAAAAA